AAAGUGAGCAGGCCCAAGGAUCCAUUGAUUAUACAACUAUUUAUACCAACGAAACGAAAUUAGGGUUUUCAUAUUCAUAAAACCACCAGACGCCUCCUGCAGCCAGCGCAGCUCUCCACCGGAUUCAACAAGACUUAGCUGGUUCUCAAAAAAUUUGCGAAAAUGCAAAACGAGGAAGGACAAAACAUGGAUCUCUACAUCCCAAGGAAGUGCUCCGCCACCAACAGGCUGAUCACUUCAAAGGAUCAUGCUUCAGUCCAAAUUAACGUUGGUCAUGUGGACGAAAACGGCCUAUACACUGGCCAAUUUUCCACUUUUGCCUUGUGCGGUUUUGUGCGAGCUCAGGGAGAUGCGGACAGUGCUCUUGAUAGGCUUUGGCAGAAGAAGAAAGUCGAAACCCGCCAAUAAGUUAUCUUAUUCGGUCUGUGUUUUGCUUGAGGUCGAUUUGAAUCAAUGACAAUGUCUCUGAUUUUUCCUAGUGGAAUGUUCUUGUUUUCUAUGUAGACUUGGUUUUACUUAUUAUUAGCUAAUGAGAAUAUUGCAUCAUGUUUGAUCUGAAUGUUGGAUUU